GGAGACCUUGGCGAGGUGGUGGAGGCUGGCUGCGGAGGUGAAAGCGCUGGCGGAAAGGAAAGUACGGGGGCAAAAUGCAGAGCUGGAGUCGCAUGUACUGCUCCUUGGCCAAGAGAGGCCAUUUCAGUCGAAUAUCUCAUGGCCUCCAGGGAGUUUCUGCAGUGCCUUUGAGAACCUACGCAGAUCAACCAAUUGAUGCUGACGUAACAGUGAUAGGUUCUGGCCCUGGCGGAUAUGUUGCUGCUAUUAAAGCCGCCCAGUUGGGGUUCAAGACAGUUUGCAUUGAGAAGAAUGAAACACUUGGUGGAACAUGCUUGAAUGUUGGCUGUAUUCCUUCUAAGGCUUUAUUAAAUAAUUCUCACUAUUACCAUUUGGCCCAUGGAAAAGAUUUUGCAUCUAGGGGAAUUGAAAUGUCUGAAGUUCGCUUGAAUUUGGAGAAGAUGAUGGAGCAGAAAAGUACUGCGGUAAAAGCUUUGACGGGUGGCAUUGCCCACUUGUUCAAACAGAAUAAGGUGGUUCAUGUAAAUGGCUAUGGGAAGAUCACGGGCAAAAACCAGGUCACUGCUUCUAAGGCUGAUGGGAGCACUCAGGUCAUCAAGACGAAGAAUAUCCUCAUCGCCACUGGCUCAGAAGUUACGCCCUUCCCUGGAAUCACGAUUGAUGAAGAUACAGUGGUGUCAUCUACAGGUGCUUUGUCUCUAAAACAAGUUCCAGAGAAGAUGGUUGUCAUCGGGGCCGGAGUGAUAGGGGUAGAGUUGGGCUCAGUUUGGCAAAGGCUCGGUGCAGAUGUGACAGCAGUUGAGUUUCUGGGUCAUGUUGGGGGAAUUGGAAUUGACAUGGAGAUAUCUAAGAACUUUCAACGUAUCCUUCAAAAACAAGGAUUUAAGUUUAAAUUGAACACAAAGGUUACUGGUGCUACCAAGAAGUCAGAUGGGAAAAUUGAUGUUUCUAUUGAAGCUGCUUCUGGCGGUAAAGCUGAAGUUAUCACUUGUGAUGUACUCUUGGUUUGCAUUGGCCGGCGACCCUUUACUCAGAAUCUGGGACUAGAAGAACUUGGAAUUGAACUAGAUCCCAGAGGGAGAAUUCCAGUGAAUACCAGAUUCCAAACUAAAAUUCCAAAUAUUUAUGCAAUUGGUGAUGUGGUUGCUGGUCCCAUGCUGGCUCACAAAGCAGAGGAUGAAGGCAUCAUCUGCGUUGAAGGCAUGGCCGGGGGUGCUGUGCACAUCGACUACAACUGUGUUCCCUCGGUGAUCUACACGCAUCCUGAGGUCGCUUGGGUCGGCAAGUCCGAGGAGCAGUUGAAAGAGGAGGGCAUCGAGUACAAGGUCGGGAAAUUCCCGUUUGCUGCUAACAGCAGAGCUAAGACGAAUGCCGACACAGAUGGCAUGGUGAAGAUUCUUGGGCAGAAAUCAACGGACAGAGUUUUGGGAGCACAUAUUCUAGGGCCGGGUGCUGGAGAAAUGGUAAAUGAAGCUGCCCUGGCUUUGGAAUAUGGAGCAUCCUGUGAAGAUAUAGCAAGAGUGUGCCACGCACAUCCGACCUUAUCAGAAGCUUUCAGAGAAGCAAACCUGGCUGCAUCAUUUGGAAAACCGAUCAACUUUUAGAAGAUCAGUGCUGUUUUCCCUGAAAUGUCCUGGGAGAUUUUAUAGAAGUCACAUUUCUGAACAGGAAAUGCUCACAGCUCCAAGAAUUUCUAGGACUGAAUUAAGAAACUUUUGGAGGAUGUUUAAUAAGCGUUGGACAGGAUGGAAUAAUCCCACAUCUAUAAUUUAAAUAAACUUACAUUUUGUUUCAGUGCAUUCAUGUUACAGGAAAAGUGCCACUUAUAAUAGCAUCUUGGAAAAUCCAUCAACCCAAGUUUUCAUGCUUCUAAGAAAGGGUCCGCAUCAGUGAGUUUAUAUAAAGCAGUACCUCUGAUGGCUGGAGUUGGGUUAACCUACACGAUGGAACUAGAGUACAGCAUAUGAACCGCCGUGCUUGAAGAAAGAUGAUCAAGUUAUUUUAAACUUGGUUUUCAUUUCAGAAACAAGCCAUUAAAACGAGUCAAAAAUAUGUACACCGUACAUACUCGAGUAUAAGCCGACCCGAAUAUCAGCCAAGGCACCUAAUUUUACCACAAAACCUGCAUUAAAAAUGUGCUGAAAAACUCGGUGUAUACACAAGUAUAUACGGUAAACUGAGAUGAUGUAAAUAACACCUUUCCCCGAUGUUUUCAUUUAUUUAACCCCGAAUUCUCACAGCAGAUAAAAGAUUUUAAGGGUUCCAUUGAGGUCUGCAGGUCUGAAGGAUCAUUGUGGAAUCACCUGUAUUAAUGGGGUUUACCUAUAGAACUCAAAUGGGCACUGAACUAUGUUACACGGGGACUGUGAAGAUACGGGAAUAAAUCUCAUUUACUGGUUA